AUGUAUCCUAUUCCCACUCUCGCUCACAAUACCAAGGUCGCUCCCGGUACCGCUGUUGAUACUGAGGCUGCUAAGGAUGUUCUUCUCUUUAAGCCUUCCACCAUUCGUUCUGUCACUCUCAAGAACCGCGUUGUUGUUGCUCCCAUGUGCAUGUACUCGAGCCAUGAUGGUGCUAUGAACGACUUCCACCUUGCUCACUACUUUUCCUUUGCUUUGCGAGGUGCUGGUUUGAUCAUCAUGGAGGCCACUGCUGUUGAACCCCAAGGUCGUAUCUCUCCUCACGAUUCUGGUCUCUGGAAGGAUGAACAAAUUGCACCCUUGAAGCGUGUUGUGGAUGCCAUCAAGUCUCAAGGUGCUGUAGCUGGUCUUCAAAUUGCUCAUGCAGGUCGUAAAGCAUCCAUGGGCUCCCCAUUUGCCGGAUACCGCCUUGUACCUGAAUCGGAAGAAGGAUGGGCCAACGAUAUUUGGGGUCCUUCUGAAUUGCCUUUUGAUGAGAAACAUGGCAAGCCUCAUGAAUUAAGCAAGGAACAACUCAAGGUUCUCGUUCAAAAGUGGGCCGAUACCGCUGUACGUGCUGACAAGGCUGGCAUUGAAGUGCUUGAAAUUCACAGUGCUCAUGGCUACUUGAUGCACAAUUUCUUGUCCGGCAACUCCAACAAGCGUACCGAUGAGUAUGGUGGAUCCCUUGAAAACCGUAUGCGCUUCCCUCUUGAAAUUGUACGUGCUGUACGUGCCGUAUGGCCCGAACACAAGCCAUUGUGGGUUCGUUUCUCGUCAAGCGACUUUAAGGAUGUCGAUCACUUUGCCCAUGACAAGGAUGGCUGGGACGUGUACCAAGCUAUUGAGUAUGCCAAGGAGCUCAAGAAGAUCGGUGUCGAUGUUAUUGAUUGCUCUUCGGGUGGCAAUGUGUCACGUGUCAAGUAUCCCACUGCUCCUCAUUUCCAAGUUCCUUUUGCCGAAGCUGUUAAGCGCGAUGCUGAUAUUCCCACGGGUGCUGUUGGCUUGAUUACUGAUCCUCGUGAAGCUGAAAAGGUGCUCCAAGAAAACAAGGCUGAUUACAUCCUCCUCGCUCGUGAAUUCUUGCGUGAUGCCAACUGGACCAUGCGUGCUGCUCGAGAGCUUGGUGUCCAUGUCAAGUGGUCUGGUCAAUACGAACGUGCUGAUCAAGAGCGUUGGGUUGGCAAGAACGGCAAAUUAUAG